AUGCCCAGCGAAAAUAAAUAUGCCUCAAAAUACAUAACGACACAAGAACUCAACAGAAGAAUAAAGGAACAAAACCAGGCGCUAGUCAUAUAUGCAAAUAAGGUGUAUAGAUUGGACAAAUGGCUCAAGUUUCACCCGGGAGGAGAACUUGCUAUAAAACAUAUGAUCGGAAAGGACGCGACAGAUGCAAUUAAUGCGUUUCAUCCCGAUUACGUAAAGAAGAAGAACAUUCACACGUUCUAUAUUGGCGAAUAUGUGGACGAAGAUGCCUGCAUACCGUCAGCAGAAGCAGACAGAGCAACACUAGACAACACUCCUGUUAAUAAUAUUGCUAAACCUAUAUUAUCAGCCAUCACGUCUUCCAUUACAUCCUCAAUCACACCGUCUACAACAUCGACUCGACGCAUUUCAUCAACUUCCCCACCAACACAAUCUUCCGACGCGAAACUAGAUCUAAUCCACCAAGAACGUAUAACAGAAGCAUAUCGUAAACUAGACGCCCGUAUCCGUUCCAAAGGUCUCUACAAUACUCGCUACAUUAACUAUAUGUAUGAGGUGAUGCGCUUUGGUACACUCUACGCACUUACCUGGUAUUUCGCGCUGACUGGCACGUCUACUCUCCAUUACCUUAUGUCUGCUGUAUGUCUUGGUGCGUUCUGGCAUCAAAUAGCAUUCACGGCCCAUGAUGCUGGUCAUAAUGGCAUUACGCAUUUGCUGCCUGUGGAUGGUAUCAUUGGAGUAAUGACCGCCGAUUUAUGCGGCGGACUGAGUAUGGCAUGGUGGAAAAAGAGUCAUUACGUUCACCAUCUAGUCACCAACGAAAUAGAACAUGAUCCGGACCUACAGCAAUUACCCUUCUUCGCGGUUAGUACUAAAUUUGUGCAAAGCAUAUAUUCGACUUAUUACGAAAGAGUACUCGAUUUCGAUAGAGCAGCACAAUUUUUUAUCCAAUUUCAACACUUAUUAUACUAUCCUGUACUAGCUUUUGGAAGAUUCAAUUUAUACUUUUUAUCCAUAUCACACAUUUUAAAAGAACAAAGAGUGGCUUUCAGGAAACUAGAACUAUUUUCAAUGGGACUAUACUGGAUGUGGUUCUCUUACCUUCUCUCACGUCUUCCGUAUUCCCUGAUAAUUCCCUACAUUUUAAUAUCUCAUAUGAUAACCGUGUUACUACAUGUACAAAUCACGCUCUCACACUACGGUAUGUCAACGGAAGAGCUUGGACCAAAGGAAGCAUUUGCUGCAAAGAUGCUUCGUACAAGCAUGGAUGUAGAUUGUCCAAAAUGGUUGGAUUGGUUGCAUGGUGGAUUACAGUUCCAGGCCAUUCACCACUUGUUUCCAAGGGUACCUAGGCAUAAUCUGAGGGAAUGCCAGCGAUACGUGAAGGAAUUCUGCAAAGAAGUGGGCAUAGAGUAUCAUUGCUACGGUUUUGUAAAAGGCAACGGAAUAGUAUUGGAGGCGUUGAGGGAUGUAGCCAACCAAAUCAGCUUGAUGAACAAAGUUGCAAAAGGGAUAGUCGAAAAAGAACUCAGAGAACAUGUCAAUUGA